UGUAGCAAAAUUGAUACGUUUUGUGUAUCGGAACGAGCGAAUCAGACACGAAAUGGAUAACAUCUCUGAUGGUAUGUUCCAAAAGGUUUGUAGCAUGAGAAGUGAGAAAGCGGAGAAGUCCGCUGGAUUCACUACAGGAACCAUGGGCGGAGAUGUGUCUUCUACUGUCAUUUCCUGUCACAGAGAAGGAUUCAAUGGGGACGUAGUACUAAUUCCAGUAUUGGCAGCACAAACUCCUAGAAACUAUACCGAUAGCAUUGCAAACGAAAGGUAUUUAACGGAAUUUAAGUUUCAAGAUGUGGUACUAUCCAACGUUGCUAAUAACGGAACAGAGAUGAAAGAAAAAACUGAUAAAAUCUGUAAAUUAAUAACGGAAAGUGUUACUGGAUAUGAUUUCAACAAAGACUCGAUCGAGCUAAGAGAUCAAAACAGAACCACUGAGGAAAAGCUGAUCAGAUGCAAAGUUUGUGGAAAGGACUUCACAUCGAGAGCAGGUUUUAGUGACCAUUUCAUUGAAUGCUCGCACAAAUGCUCAAUAUGCGGAGCACAGUUUCCUACCCGUGCUGAGAUCCAGAAACAUCAGAUCAUAGUUCACACCGAGAGUCGGUUUGAGUGUACGGUUUGCGGGACAAGUUUACGAACGAAAGCAAAUCUGAGCAAACAUAUGAUAGUGCACGGUGGGGGUAAGCCUCAUCAGUGUCAAAUAUGUGGUCGGAGCUAUCCAAGACUUGCCAGUCUUAAUCGGCAUAUGGAGUCGCAUUCACGUCUUCCUACCACUGUCAGCUGCGAUGUCUGCCAAAUGGUGUUUUUCACGAAGAAGGAACUCAAAGUACACCGGUUUCAGCAUGAAGAUGAUCCAAUCUUCAAUACGAGUCAUUUUGGUGACAAACAGGACGAUCUUUUCAAAUGCCACAUUUGUGAUAAACAGUUCGUUCAGUUGCCUUAUUUUGAACGCCACAUGCGAACUCAUGUGGAAACGCCGUACCGUUGUGAUGUUUGCGGUAAAGGCUGCCUCGGUUUAAAAUCAUGGAAACGGCACAUGUUCAAUCACACCGAGCAGUCGAACAAAUGCGACGUAUGUGGGAAAAGUUUCUCCGAAUUUCGCAACCUUAAGCAGCAUAUGCGAAGACAUACUGAUGAACAUCUGUACCGAUGUGAUAUCUGUGAUAAAGGUUAUUCCGCAAGGCAUUAUCUUAUUACGCACAGAAGAUCGCACACAGGCGAACGCCCGUUCCAAUGCGGUAUAUGUGGAAAGAGUUUUGCCAACGAAUCCUAUUUGAAAGGUCAUGAGAAAUUGCAUACUAUCGAAGCAAAAUAUCAGUGUGAUAUUUGUAAAAAAGAAUUUAAUGCCAAAAAUAAUCUGGUCGUUCAUAUGAAAACGCACUCGGGAGAUCGUCCAUACAAAUGUAACGUGUGUGGCAAAGGAUUUACAUCUAUCGCUUCGUUGCGAUAUCAUGGCAGUGUACACACAACCGAACGACCCUUGAAAUGUGACCUCUGUAGUAAAACGUUCGCCCUUAGUGAUCAGCUCAGGAAACAUUUGCGGUAUCAUACAAACGAGCAUGCUUAUCCAUGCAGUGUUUGUGAGAAAACAUUCCGAAUAAGUUCGCAUCUAGUUAGUCACAUGCGAUGCCAUACUGGCGAAAAACCACAUAAAUGCGAAAUUUGUGGUUCGUCCUACAGUACCGGCAGUUACCUUGCCCAUCACCGUAGAAUCCAUUUGGAUCCAAAUAAUAAACAGUUUGAAUGUGAUGUAUGCGGGGCACGGUUCACUCAAAGAAAACGGCUCAGCACUCAUCGAAUGGUACAUUCGCAAAAAAGUGCGGAUUAGGUUUCCACACAAAAAAAAACUAUAGCAAAUAAAACAAAAAUUCGGC